AUGACCACAGAUAUUGACAUUGAAAUAAUCCGUACUUGUUUGUUGAUAUUUGCUGUUAUUGGGAUUUUUGGAAACGUCAAUAUUAUUUGUGCAACUUGGAAGAACAAGACACUUCAACAUAAGUGUGGAAUCAUGCUUGCUAUACUGGCGUGUUGUGAUUCUCUUUGUCUGCUCAAUGAGUUUCAAUCAUUCCUUCGGAUGACUCUAAAACUGGGAGGCACUACAUUAAAAAAUUGCUUCUGGGCAAACUCUUCUUAUGUGUUUAUCGAACCAUUAGAAGUUUAUAUGAUUUUUGUUUUGGCUGUAGAUAGACUCAUUGCUUUAAACUUUGUGGUUUAUUAUCGUACCGUGAAUAGGAACAAAUAUAUUUUAGCUUUGGUUACACCUGGUAUUCUUUUUGGACUUGCAUUUCUUAUUGUAAGCAUGUUGCUACUUAAUAAUUUAAAAGUGGAACCAUGUAUUCUACCAAAUGCUAUGCCAGAAAAUGUCUCAAGCUUCUGGAAUCAAUACAAUUUGUGGGGCGCUAUUGUGACUAUUGUGGUUUAUGUUUAUACGUACUUGGUAGUUUACUGUUGUGCGUUCAAAAACAAAACCGAAAAGAAUAUUAUGAUCCAGAAAGCAAUUCUCAACACAGUUAUUGUGGGUGCCGCGGUGUUCUCCAUAUCAUCAGUGUUAUCUGCAUCGCUAAUUGCAAUUACGAGCAAUAUGAAAAAUCCUCCGUUGGAUCCAGAUACAGUUGCAACUUAUGCUGUUAUUCCAGGACUCGUUUCUUACUCCUGUAAUUUUUAUGUGUACUACUGGCGUAGCACCGAUUACCGUAAUGCUUUCAUCAAACAAUUGUGUUGUGGAAAAGUGUUGACAACUCAAGAGGCAGUGGUUUCUACUAUGUCAGUUUCCAAUACUACAUUUUCCAAGCGAGCAACUCUUCUCUAA